UCCGCGCACUGGCUGUUGCCGUAGAAAGAAGCAUGGCGGCGGCGAUCAAGCAGCAAACGGACAGCACCGUAAACAUACCGGAUUAUGAAGAAACGAAUGUAAACAGCAAACCGUUUCACGUCGGCUCGUUCAGAAACGAGUGGCUGCGCAGACUGAACCCCGGAGACUGGUCCCACCAGCACGAGGACGAGGACACGUUUGAUGCUAACUUCGCUGAAGACAUGGGGGUCAGCGCGGAGACCAUGGCCGAGCUCAAGGCCGUGUGCAGUGAUGAUUCACUCCGUUGCCACCCCAAGGAUCAGCAGCCUGACACUGACGUUGUGCCCCCAGACCCGAGACUGAGCACGCUAAUACAAAGGAAAAAAAGACAAGAUUACAAAGCCUCUCUGAAAAUCACCAAGAACAGACAUGACCUCUACGCUGAUGAACUGGAACGUCUAACUGUUGGUGGGCAACCAGAAACUGAAGCGGACAAGUUGCCUGAGGGAGAACUCAUUCUGACCAUCAACGUCUACUAUCCUGCAAGUUUUGCCAAAUUUAACUACAUCAGACCGCACACGUCUUUGCUGAUGACGGGCUCCCACACACUGGCAGAGCUCAGAGAUGCCAUUUGCUGCGUCAGCGACUUGCAAGUGUUGGGAGAGUUCAGCAGCACACCAGACAUGGCUCCAGACUUCAUCAGCAAAGAGCUCUACAAGUCGGCUUUCUUUUUCUUCGAAGGAGUUUUCUACAACGACACGCGAUUCCCAGAGUCUAAAGAUAUGAGCAUGACCGUCAUCGAAUGGGCAAAGGCUCGUAAUUUCCCGCCAUACAGCCAGGCAGUGAUGGAAGACACCAGGCUCGUGGAUCUGAAGCUCAAAGUUGGUUUCCCGUACCUCUACUGUCACCAGGGAGACUGUGAACACCUCGUCAUCGUCACAGACGUCAGACUGACACAUGAGACCGACUGUCUGAACAAGAAGCUGUAUCCCCUUCUCAUCCACAAACACAGGAUCAGCACUCAGAAGUGUGCCGUCUGCCACGUCUUCAUUGGAAGAUGGUUAACGACCAAAGACCGGUUAGCUCCGAGUGACCCGUGUCUCUUCUGUGACAAGUGUUUCCGGAUGCUUCACUACGACGCUGAGGGCAACAAGCUGGGAGAUUUUCUGGCCUAUUCGUUUGUGGACCGUGGUGCUUUCAACUAAAGCUCGUUCUGCAGUGAUCUGCUCACAUCACUGAUUUAAUGCUGUACAAUACAGUUUAAUAUCUUUGUAUUUCGGAAAGAAAUGUUUAGUUUUGGUUGUUUUGUUGUUGUUGUUUUCUUCUUCUGUGUCCUGAACACUAAUGCUGUUUCUUUGCAUUUGAAAUUAAAGGUGACAUUGACUGACUUA